GCGGGGCGCUGGGCGGCGGGGAAGGCGCCGUAAGGAAAAGGGAAGAAGUCGCGGCACUCGGGCUGCGCUGCGUGUGGGACCCUCCGGCUGCGUGGCCCCUGGCGCCCAGGGGCAGGAUGAAGCCGUGCUGCCUCCUGCUGGUGACUUUAUGGCUGUGCAUGGCCACCCUCAGCAGCAGCUCAGAACGCUGCGAUGACUGGGGAGUGGACACCAUGAAACAAAUCCAGGUCUACGACGGGGAACCAGCUAGGAUCAAAUGCCCGCUCUUCGAGGCCUUCUUAAAAUACAACUACAGUACAGCCCAUUCGGCUGGCUUAACCCUGAUCUGGUACUGGAUUGGGCAGGACUGGGACCUAGAGGAGCCAAUCAACUUCCGUCUCCCAGACAAUCGGAUCAGUAAGGAAAAAGACACCCUUUGGUUCCGGCCUGCCCUUCUCAAUGACACUGGGAAUUAUACCUGCAUGCUCAGAAACACAACCUACUGCAGCAAGGUCGCGUUUCCCCUGGAGGUUGUGCAGAAAGACCAAGCUUCUUGCGUCAGCCAAUCAAUAAAACCCACCGAAGAGCUGUUCUAUUUGGAGCAUACUAACGAGAAGAUCAUUUGUCCGGAUAUUGAUGGCUUUUAUCCUCCCAGCAUAAAACCAACUGUCCACUGGUACAGGAACUGUGUGUUGGUGAAUGGCUUCCACGACCGAUAUCCCAGAGACUCAACACUCAUCAUUGGCAUUGUCCGCGGUGCGUACCAAGGCAACUACACCUGCAUUGUGAGCUACACGGAGAACGGAAGGACCUACAACCUCACCAGAAGCAUAAGGAUGAAGGUAGUAGGGUCUCCAAACAAGGCAAUGCCACCGCAGUUUCUCUCUCCAAAUGCGAAAAUAAUCUACGAACUCGAAGCAGGUGCUGAGCUUGUUCUGCCCUGCGAAGUUUACUUCACCUUUCUGAAGGACUCCCGAACGGAGCUUUGGUGGACAGUUGAUGGAAAAAAUACAGACGAUAUCACAGACCUGACAAUAAAAGUCUCCGAAAGCGUCGUUACUGACGACCUUGGACACAAGCAGGUCACAAAGACUCUGACCAUUCCCAAGGUCACAGCCAAGGACUUGAAGCGUAACUACACCUGUCAUGCCAGAAACACCAGAGGGGAGGUUCACCAUGCGGCCCUGGUGAGAAUGAAAGUUCUAGCUCCAAGGUACACUGUGGAACUGGCCUGCGGACUAGGAUCCACCGUCUUGCUGGUGGUGAUCCUGAUCGUCGUCUACCACGUUUAUUGGCUCGAAAUGGUUCUCUUCUACCGGGCUCACUUUGGAACGGACGAAGCCAUCCUAGAUGGGAAGGAGUAUGACAUUUACGUGUCCUAUGCCCGGAAUGCCGAGGAGGAGGAGUUUGUGCUGCUGACCCUGCGUGGAGUCCUGGAGAAUGAGUUCGGAUACAAGCUGUGUAUCUUCGACAGAGACAGCCUCCCCGGGGGAAAUACCACCGAGGCAGUUUUCGACUUCAUUCAGCGAAGCCGGAGGAUGAUCGUGGUGCUGAGCCCCGAUUACCUGACGGAGAAGAGCAUCAGCGUGUUGGAGUUCAAGCUGGGCCUCGUGUGCCAGAACGCCCUCUCCACCAAGCUCGUUGUGGUGGAGUACAGGCCGCUGCCGAUCACCCAUCCUGGCAUUCUCCAGCUGAAGGAGUCCGUCUCCUUUGUGACAUGGGCCGGGGAUAAAUCCAAGCCAUCUGGCUCCAAGUUCUGGAAGGCCUUACACCUCGCCCUGCCCCUGAGGAGCCUGAGCUCUGGCACGGGUUGGAACGAGAGCUGCUCCUCACAGUCCGACCUCAGCCUGGAUCCCAUCCAGAGGAGGAGGAGCAGGUUGAAAGGCCAGAGGGAACCGCAGAGCUCCAGAACAGGUGCUGCUGCUCCGAGCGGGGCGGCCCCAGAACCCAGGCCAAAGACCAAGCACCGAGCCAAGCGGUUCAUGCCAUGUCAGUGGUGCGUGACGUACUGUGACCGUGGCGAUACACUCAGGCAGAAGAGCCCAGCCGUGCCCAAGUCCAAAUGGGAGACUCACCUCUGCAAGCCGGUCUCGGGCGGAAACAGACUGGAGCCCCCGGCCGCACAGCUCUGCCAGUACACCGAUGUGUCCAGCAACAACGACGUCUGCGUUCUGUAGCUGAGUUCCCAGACCACAGCAGAGCCGCUGGGGAUGCGAAGCGAAUGGAGCAACGACGAGGGUUUUCGGGAUUUCCCGGACUGGCUCCACUUCCUUCCACAUGUCCUCAUUCUUUUCCAGCCAAAUGACGGCCAUGCAGGAGGGCCGGAGUGAUGUUACCAAAUGUUCCACUCAUUGGCAUUUGAGAUGGGAAAGACCAUCUAGUCCCUAACUGAUCUAGGGACCUCUGGGGCCUCACAGGGCAUUCGUGGUUGGGUUGCUAAAAAGACAUUCAGUCUUUCCCUUAUGUUGCUUUCCCCCAUCAGCAGUUGCUGUAGUCGGCCCAGGGAGAUGAGAGAGGGAAGAGUCCCUGUGAGGUGAAUCGGAGGGGUGGUACAAAAGUGUGAUGUGACCUCAGGCUUGACCCUCCACCUUUGAGUCAAUUAAAGCUUCAUUACUGAUUUCCUUGUGGGCAGGAUCCAACCCCAACUCCUGCCGAGGCCAGAUUGGUCCUUUUCAGUGUUUCCUGUGGUGCUUUGUCAUAUCCUGGUUUAAAGGGACAUGGUCACCACUUUAAACAAUAACCCCCGAGAGACUGUAGGCCUUUUAGCAUGCCACUGGUUGAAGUCACCGUUAAGGUCAUUGGAGCUGAAAGAGUGAAAAAUAGUGUUCUCCAGACAACACUCGGGGGGUAGAUUUUCAGAGGCACAGAGGGUGUGAGGUGCCCACCGCUCAUUGCGCUUUCGAGAGUCUUCCCCUUUGUGCACAGGCUGUUUCAGUGGUGGCCCUGUCAGGCCAGUUCCCCCGUUGGUUGGGAUGGGCCUUUCACACAGCCACUAACAUUUAGAGACAUGGGGUGGCCCAAAAGAGGCGAGAUAAGGCCUGAAACACACUUAAAAACCCCACUGUUGAAACGUCCUAGAUUUCAAAUGGACUGUGUCUCGUUAAGUGAUUCACGAAAAGGGCCCUUGAUCACCUCCCUCGGGUCCGGCAGCAGUGUUUCCUGCUGUGCAUCCUGAAUUCCCUUUUCCUGUGCUUGGCUUCAUCUCGACACCCAUUCCCCUCCCUCCAGGGGGUUUGCAAAUACUACCACCUUCACCCCCUCAGCUGUCAUUUGGUGUCACACAUUGAGUUCUGGAGGCCUUUCCCUGGGAAUUAAUCCCUCCCCCAGCUCUUUAAUGGGUCUGAUUACUUGUCUGUAAGUUAAGUGUGGCUGUUAUUAAUUUUUCUUCUGUGUGGGGGUAUGCGUUGGGAAUCUACUGUAGGAAGCGUGUGGCUACCAGCCCAGAGGCUCGGUUGGGGUCAAUGGACGCAGCUGCAUUGACAUCAUUGAGUCAGUGCUGAGGGUCUGGCCUACAUCUGCCUCCGAUUAAUACUGCCGACGCUCCCGUCAUCUCUGAAAGUCAGACAGGUGGCAUUCAUUCCACAGCCUCUCUCCUGUGCCAAAUCUUCUACCCUUUUCUCUGUCAUUGAACAUAACCCCCGGGGCUUUCCCAUUACGAUUCACGAGGAACUAAAAAACGUAGCGCACAGCUGAGGCAAACGUUAGGAGGAAAUGGAGAAAGAAAAACAUGGUUGUGGAGGAAUUCCAAAUGAAACUUGAGUCUGAAAUGAGCAGCCCUGUCUAGUGUGAAAAUUCGAAUAUCCUCAAGGUCUCGCCCGUCAUUCCACCCACAGCAGAACUGUUUCUGUCCGUCUUUCUCCAGUACUGCAUGACGCCAAGUUUUACAUGACUCAAGCCAGGUUCAUAUAAAGUCGCAUCAACCUUGAGUGAUUAAGUAGAGGAGGAGGAGUGAGGUUGUGUGUGGCAGGAGAGCUAGUAAGCGGCAUAGAGCUUCGUUAAAAGGGAAGAAAACACACUAGCCUCCCCCGUCAUGAGCAGUUGGAUGGGUCACCUCACUGUGGGGGAGUCUCACAGACCUGAAAAUACAAGCGAAGAAAUCCAAAUAUUUCGUAAUCAAUCAUCGCCAGGAGCCAGUUGACGAUCAAUCAUCGCCCGGUUGGGUUAUUAAUUGGAGGCACAGAUCAGGUUUUACCAGAGAGCUCUGUCCUUGGGUGACCAUGUUGUAAAGUGGUGAGUUAGGUUAAGGACAGAGCUGCCGGUCAAAUGUGUUGGAGAGGGUGGUAAAAUUGUGAAGGGCUGUAAAAAUGGCAAAUUCAGCCCUUGCUGGGACAAACUCCCAUCCCGCCAGGCAGGGAGGAGGUAAAAUGCUAAGGGCCAAAACCUCAGAUGGUGGAAAUGGGAGUGUAGCUCCACUGAUUUCAGCAGAAGUGUGCCAGUUUAUUCCAGCCAAAGAGCUGGCCUAAUCAUUGAUUAUUUGCUAUUAUAACGACUGGGAGGAGAAGCCGAGUUUUGAUAUGUCACAAGAAUGUGGACGUUCAUUUGUUGAAAAUUGGUAACGCUCUGUGGCAGCUCGUGCUAAUAUGACUGGGAUAGUUUCCUCUAUCCAGUGUAGCUGCAGAGCUCCAGUGAUUGAACCUUAGAAUACAGUUAGGUUCAUUCCCAAUUGUGUGUCCCUCAUCUUAAUCCUUUUGGGGGGAAAUUACUUCAGCACAGAAGGAUCCCAGCUCCCGGAGUCCUGUGAUUUCUGUGGGAAUCUCGGCUUUCAUUUUAAAGAAAAUUAGGUCUCUAGCCCUCAUGCUUGUGUAGAAAAAUGUAAAAACAUAAUGCUUAACAGCUCCAAAAGCAGAAGGCACCUAAAUGAGCCCCACAUUUCUUUUUAAAAAUCACAUGAAUUUUAAGGGUCUGCACCAGGACUAUGAAUUGCAUAAGGACUUGGAUGGGCCCUUUGCACAGGGGUGGAUUCUACCCCAUGAGAAUAACAAUUAAACCAUUUCACACUCCAUCUGCUAUUGGCAGGUGCAGACCUAACAAUCCAGUCAUUGCUCUCCUCUUGAUAAAGAUGCAGAGAUAUACAUAGACCUUUAGCGUGGUGAUGGGGGUAGAAAAGGCACUUUCAGAUUCAUCCUUUUUUGACACAUUUCUGGUAUUAACAUUAAAACUGAC